AUGUGGCGACUGAGUUGCAGCGUGAAUCCCAAGCGUCUCCCCGAGUUCCCUGUGGGCUCCAAAAAGAAGGGAUUUGGAGGAGGAGUGAAGGGAAAGAGACGAAUGUUCUCUUUCUCUAUGCGCUGCCGUAUGGGAAUCAUCAGAGGACAUGUGAAAGAUGAUGGCCCAUAUUCAAAAGGGAGUAGGGAUUCUGCUGGGAGUGACAACAGUGUUGUCUCAAAGAGACGCAGUAUCACAGAGCAACUGCGGGGGGUGACCACGGUGGAGCUGCUGAAGAGGGAAGGCAGCAGUCUUGGACUCACCAUUUCUGGCGGCUCGGAUAAGGACGGCAAGCCGAGGGUGUCAAACUUAAGGCCGGGCGGGCUUGCGGCCAGGAGCGACCAGUUGAACGUUGGAGACUACAUUAAGUCUGUGAACGGGAUCAACCUGACCAAACUGCGUCAUGACGAGAUCAUCAGCAUGCUUAAGAACAUCGGAGAACGAGUGGUGCUGGAGGUGGAAUAUGACCUUCCCCCCUUCGCACCCAGCAGCCCCGGUGCCGUGAUCUCUAAAACCAUUGAGGUGUGUCUGGAGAAAGAGGGCAACAGCUUUGGCUUCGUUGUACGAGGGGGAUUUCAUGAGGACUGGCACAAAGCUAGACCUCUAGUGGUGACCUAUGUGAGACCAGGGGGACCUGCAGACAGGGAAGGUACCCUGCGAGCGGGCGAUCGUCUCCUGAGUGUAAAUGGUGUGGCCUUGAACAGACAGAAACACGCUGAUGCCCUUACACUCAUCAUGCAGAGCAGCCAGGAGGCCUUCUUCCUCAUCGAAUAUGACAUUACAGUGAUGGACUCUGUUCAGCAGGCAUCGGGACCAUUGCAGGUUGAAAUUGUGAGAUCUGCAGGUUCUGUACUUGGUAUUAGCCUCAGCACUGCCAUCUACAGGAACAAACAUGUCAUUACGAUCCAAAAAAUCAAACCUGCAAGUGUGGCUGACAGGUGUGGAGCCCUGCAUGUGGGUGAUAUCCUAUUGGCCAUUGAUGGAAUGAGCACAGAACACUGUUCUCUUAUGGAAGCACAACAGCUACUGGCCAGCAGCUCUGAACUCACCAAGCUAGAGAUCCUGCCUUCUCAACACAGCCUACAGGAUACUGUGAGGGUCCAGAGGAGCAGUCAGCGUCAAUGGGACCCGAGCGUGAAUUACCUCUCUCCACAACCCUCACAGAGCAAAGCAGCCGCUGCAUCAUGGAGCCACACAAACCCUACACACACGCAACGCUGCAAAAUGUCUGGCAAUGCUGCAAAUACAUCUGGAUUCCAUAGUUACAACUGUGGCACCCAGUCCCCUUAUGCCAGCAGUGUCCCGCCUACGUAUCCCAGCAACACUCUGCCACCAUAUCCUUCAAGUCCUCACAACAUGGGCACCAAGAGGAGGCCGAGGAGGAAAGAGCACAAGAGCUCGUUGUCUCUGUCGUCGAGUACGGUGGGUGCGGGGGGGCAGGUGGUCCACGUCGAGACCAGCGAGGUGGUUCUGAGAGGCGACCCCCUGACCGGGUUCGGCCUGCAGCUGCAGGGCGGCGUGUUCGCUACAGAGACCCUGUCUGCUCCGGCCUGCGUCCGUUUCAUAGAGCCUGACAGCCCGGCCGAGAGGUGUGGGGUGCUCCAGGUUGGGGACAGACUCCUGUCCAUCAAUGGAAUCCCUACAGAGGAUGGAACACUGGAGGAAGCCAAUCAGCUGCUCCGAGACGCAGCCCUGGCCAAUAAAGUCACACUGGAAGUGGAGUUUGAUGUAGCUGAAUCCGUGAUCCCGAGCAGCGGGACGUUCCACGUGAAGCUGCCCAAAAGGCGCGGCGUGGAGCUGGGUAUUACUAUCAGCGCGAGCAAGAAACCCGGGAAACCUCUCAUCAUCUCGGACAUCCGGAAAGGCAGCAUCGCUCACAGAGUAGGCACACUGGAGCCCGGCGAUCGUCUGUUGGCGAUUGAUAACGUGAGAUUGGAUAACUGUGGAAUGGAGGAGGCCAUGAGCGUUCUCCAGCAAGCUGAGGACAUGGUCAAACUCCGCAUUCAAAAAGAUGAAGACAACACUGAUGAGCUGGAGUCAUCUGGCACUGUGAUGUACACAGUGGAGCUGAAGAGACAUGGAGGUCCUCUGGGCAUAACCAUCUCUGGCACCGAGGAACCUUUUAAUCCCAUCCUCAUCUCUAGCCUCACACGCAACGGCCUUGCCCACAGGACCGGCGCUCUUCACGUGGGUGACCGCGUUUUGGCCAUCAAUAACGUGAGUCUGAAGGGCAAACCACUCAGUGAAGCCAUUCAUCUACUGCAAACUGCUGGGGACACAGUCACACUCAAGAUCAAAAAACGGACAGAGUCUGCUAUAGAUUCAGACAGCCAGCUGAGAGCAGAGCCUUCAUAUCUGAGUGACACUGAAGAUGACCAAUCGGAGUCUUUCAGACCCAGUAAAUUCUCUGAAUUCCCCCCUCGAACCCCACCCAGCCUUGACUCUGCCAUGGAGUCUUGGGAUGGCUCUGCUUUGGAUGCUGGUUACGGGAGCCAAGGUAUAUACCUCCAUAGGUCAUCUGAUCUGACACUCCAUCCUCCUGAAUGGAGACGCACCAAUCACAGGAGCCCAGUGGCUUCCAGAAGACAAGCCCACAAUGCUACGCUAUACGACGAGAGACGAAGAGGGGAGGAAUGGAGCAAGUAUACAGGAUCUGUCAGUCCAGCGCGUUGCCGUGGUGAUACUGAAUCCCAAGAAAGCUAUUGGUCACAAGCCCUGCAAGACCUGGAGACCUGUGGCCAAUCAGAGAUCCUCAGAGAGCUGGAGGCCUCUAUAAUGUCAGGCAGUACCCUGAGUUUGGGAGCAGAGGAGACAGAGUCACAUGACGUGAGUGAGACGAAACAGCUGUCCCCCGAGUCUAGCCAGUCCUGGGAGGGGACUGCAGUGAAGGAGGACCUGAAGGAGACCACCAUACCCGCGAUGCCCUUGGAGCUACAUAAGCUGUGUGUGAGAAGGGACGAGGACAGUAGGGAUUUUGGGUUCAGCGUGUCCGACGGCCUGCUGGAGAAGGGCGUUUACGUGAACAUGAUCCGUCCGGACGGUCCCGCCGACCGGGCUGGCUUACGGCCAUACGACCGAAUCCUGCAGGUGAACCACGCCCGCACACGGGACUUUGACUGUUGUCUGGUUGUGCCUCUCAUAACGGAAGCGUCGGAGCAGCUCCAGCUGGUCAUCAGCAGGAACCCGCUGGCUCAGGCCCGCAUGUGGCCGGCCCAGGGUAGUGAGGGUCCCUCAGACACACUACCUGGCCUCCUCGCCCACAGCCCAAACAAAGCCGAUCUCUGA